UUUUGAUGAAGAGUCAACUCGUAAUUACUUUAAUGCAUUAUUCAUAUCAAAAUUUUCCAACCUAAUGAAACACAUACAUACACUACAAAAAUAUUGACUUUGAAAGCUCCUUACCAACUUCUCCAUCAUCAUAAUCUUCCACCUCCAGUAAACAACUACUUCAUUCUCUCUCUGCCGGCCGGCUAAUUCAAGAAUGUCCGAAACAAGAGCGCCGCUGCCAUGGCUCUUCCGCCGGCGAUCAAGCACCGAAAUGAUGAAAAAUUUAGCCUCAGUUUCAAGCAGCCUUUUGCCAGCUUUCGGAACCGUUGUUGACGAAGGAUACUUGCAGCUCAGGAAACGGGUCAUAGCUCCAUACGAUCGUAGAUACAGGUGGUGGCAGACGUUUCUUGUAGCAUUGGUAAUAUACUGUGCAUGGGCGUCUCCGUUUGAGCUAGCUUUCAAAAAAGCGGCCACCGGAGGUUUCAUGGCGGUGGAUUUGGUGGUUGAUGUCUUUUUUGCAAUUGAUAUUUUGCUCACUUUUUUUGUGGCUUACUUGGACAAAUCUACCUAUCUUCUUGUUGAUGAUCACAAGAAAAUUGCACUCAGGUAUGUCACAAGCUUAUGGUUCCCUAUGGACGUAGCCUCAACUCUUCCAUUUCAACUCGUAUACAGAAUUUUCACUGGCAAAACGAGUGAAUCUGAAGUCUUUCGCGUCCUCAACCUGCUUCGCCUCUGGCGACUUAGGCGUGUCAGUGAAUUAUUCGAAAGGUUAGAGAAAGACAUACGUUUCAGCUACUUUCUGACAAGACUCGUUAAACUAAUUAGUGUUACCCUAUUUGCAGUGCACUCAGCAGGAUGCUUCUAUUUCUGGCUAGCUUCCCAUCAUAAAAACCCAGACAAUACAUGGAUUGGAAUCAAGAUCCAAGAUUUCAAACACAGAAGCAUAUGGCUAGGCUACACCUAUUCAAUUUACUGGUCAAUUGUUACCCUUACCACAGUUGGCUAUGGAGACUUGCAUGCAGUCAAUACAGGAGAGAAGAUUUUCAACAUGUUUUAUAUGCUAUUCAACAUUGGUCUCACCGCUUAUAUAAUAGGAAACAUGACAAAUCUUAUUGUCCACGCUGCAGUUCGAACUUUUGCCAUGAGAGAUACCAUCAAUGAGGUAUUAAGAUAUGCAAGCAAGAAUAGACUUCCAGAAGGCUUGAAAGGGCAAAUGCUGGCACACAUGCAACUAAAAUUCAAAACAGCCGAGUUACAGCAAGAAGAAGUGUUAGAGGACCUACCAAAAGCUAUAAGAUCCAGCAUUGCUCAGCAUCUUUUCCGUAGCACUGUUGAAAACACCUAUCUAUUCAAAGGAGUCUCUGAAGACCUCGUCAUCCAGCUGGUAUCAGAGAUGAAAGCAGAAUACUAUCCACCUAAGGUGGAAAUCAUUUUAGAAAAUGAGAUUCCUACAGAUUUCUAUAUUAUGGUGUCCGGAGAAUUGGAUGUGCUCACAUACAAGAAUGGAACACAGCAGGUUUUGUCAAAACUAGGGGCUGCAGAUGUGGCAGGAGAAAUAGGAGUUAUUUUUAAUAUCCCACAACCUUUUACGAUGAGGACCAAGAGGCUUUCCCAGGUCAUCAGGAUGAGCCAUCACCAUUUCAAACUAAUGGUGCAACCAGAAAGUGAAGAUGGAAAAACAAUUAUCUCCAACUUUAUUCAGGUUUUAGAAGAAUUAUUUGUCAUUCUCAUAGCACACCAAUUACAAUCACUUCAAUAUUUAUGCUGGUUUCUUUGUUUUCAGUACUUGAAGGGCUUAAAACAAGAGAUGCAAAAAGAAAUACCCUUCCUGAUGGAAUUGCUGCGUGACAUGAAUGUAGAGCACAAUGCAACAAAUGAGGGGCUACAAAAUCCUGCAGCACUAAAUUCUCAUGGAGAUACAAGUGAUGAAGAAAGACCAGAAACUUCUAGUCCAAUAUCAAGCAAAAAUCCCAUCAGGGUGGUAAUCCAUGGGCAUCAUCCAAAUGAAAGUCCAGCAGAAGGUCAAGGUGACACAUCAGGCAAGCUCAUACACAUGCCAGAUUCAAUAGAAGAUCUUUUCAGAUUAGCAGAAAAGAAAUUUGGCAAACGAGGAAACACAAUUCUCAUGGAGGAUGGCUCACAAGUGGAAGAGUUGGUUGCUUUAAGAGAGAAUGAUAACUUAUUUAUUUUCUGAAGAUUGAAAUGAUAUUCUUACCAACUUUCAGCAUACCUUAUUUUUGUUCUAAGUGAUCAUUUUGCAAACUCAUUGUAAAAAAUUUUGAGUUGUCAAAUAUGAGACAAGGAGAAUUAUGUA